CAAGUAAUACAACAAACAUUUACAAAUCACUAUACACUCUUUUUAUUUAUUUGCUUGGUUAAUAAAUUAAAAAUAGUGAUUUCCAUAUCAAUUUCUUAAAAAAAAAUAUAUAUAUUCUAAAAAUAGGAAACUUUGCUUCCAUUUCUGAAUCUUCUUUGCUUUGUUUUUCAUCUUCUUCUUUUACUUAUAUAUUCACCUGCUUCAAACCCUAAGCCUAAAUUCAUAUUUCAACAAUUUCCAUCAUUUUUUUUGUUAUAUUUAGAAAAAAAAUAUUCAGAAAGUUACUAUUUUUGUAAGGGGAGUUUUGAAAAAAAGUUUUCUUGAUUUAGUAUAUUGGAAAAAAAAAAGAAUCUUGAUUUGGAGAAAAUUAAUGGGAAUUAUUAAUUUUCUUUCACUGAAUUAAAGAUCUUGAAAGUACCCAUUUUUAGUUAAAGAUUCUUAAACUCAUUAAUUUGAAGAAAUCAUUUUUUUUCACCAAAAAAAUCCAACCCCAGAUCAGAAUUUUGUGAUAAUUUAGGAAAAUCCUGAAAAUUUCCAAAUUUCCCAUUUUGAGAUAAAUUUUCUUGAUUUUGAGCUGUUUUAGUGUAUAAAAGAUCUUUAAAGAACCAAUUUCUAUUUAAAGUUAUCAUUUUUCACCAAAAUUAUCCAGCCCCAGAUCAGAAUUUUGUGAAAAUUCUGAAUUUUUGUGCAAUUUUGAGAUAAAUGUUCUUGAUUUUGAGCUCUUUUAGUGUAUGAAUGAUCUUGAAAAAACUCAUUUUUAGUCAAAAGUUAAUACCAAGAAAACAUUUUUCACCAAAAAUUUCCAUUUUGGGAUAAAGAUUCUUGAUUUUGAGCUCUCUUAGUGUUUGAAAGAACCUUUUUUUUAGUUAAAAUUUAAUACGAAGAAUUCAUUAUUCACCAAAAAAAUCCAACCCCAAUUUUCUCCUUUUUCUGUUUCUAUGUUGAGAAUUUAAGAUGGGAGCUGAAAAGAAAUGGUUAUACGCACUUUUUUGUGCAGCAUUUGUAUCAUUUCUAAUAUUUUUGUCUUCCAUUUCAGGGUUUAGCUCAUCCUACUAUGUAUUUUCAUCACAGAGGAGGUUUACCACGCCCGUGAAUCACGGUCCGGGGCAUCCUCCUGCAUUUGCAUACUACAUUUCGGGUGGAGGGGGAGAUAGUGAUAGGAUUUUUAGACUUUUGUUAGCUGUGUAUCAUCCUAGGAAUAGGUAUUUGUUGCACAUUGGUGUAGAUGGGAGUGAAGAGGAAAGGAAGAAACUUGGGAUGUUAGUGAAAUCUGUGCCGGUAAUUCAGGCUUUUGGGAAUGUAGAUGUGGUUGGUAAGCCUGAUCCAGUUACUUAUAUGGGAUCGACGAAUAUAGCGGCAAUGCUAAGGGCGGUAUCGAUUUUGUUGAAGGUUGAUGGUGGAUGGGAUUGGUUUGUUAAUUUAAGUGCCUCUGAUUAUCCUUUAGUUACACAAGAUGAUUUAUCUCAUGUCCUCUCGUCUGUUAGUAGAGACGUAAAUUUCAUUGAUCACACCAGCGACCUUGGAUGGAAAGAGGCUCAACGCGUAAAGCCUAUUGUAGUUGAUCCAGGGAUCUACCUAGCACGAAAGACGCAAAUUUUUUAUGCCACCGAAAAGCGGCCACUGCCCGACGCAUUCACAGUUUUUACUGGCUCUCCUUGGGUUGUUUUGAGCCGACCAUUUCUUGAGUUCUGUGUUUUUGGAUGGGACAACCUUCCUAGAACACUUCUAAUGUAUUUUACUAAUUCAGUUUUGUCACAAGAAGUGUAUUUCCAUUCUGUCGUUUGCAAUUCACCAGAGUUCAAGAACACAACAGUUAAUAGUGACAUGAGAUAUAUGGUCUGGGAUAAUCCCCCUAAGAUGGAGCCCCUCUUCCUUAACACUUCUGAUUACGAUCUAAUGGCUCAAAGUGGAGCUGCAUUUGCUAGACAGUUUAAUAAAGACGAGGCAGUACUUGACAUGAUCGAUCAGAAUAUCCUUAAGCGCAGCCAGAAUAGAGUUACAACGGGUGCGUGGUGCACAGGUCGAACGAGUUGGAAGAUGGAUCCUUGUUCCCAAUGGGGUGAUGUCAACGUGCUGAAGCCUGGACCUCAUGUGAAAACGUUAAGGGAUUCUGUACAAAGACUGCUUCAAGAUUCGAGUUCACAAUCAAAUCAAUGUAGAUGAUGAGCAAAGUACGACUUGAAUGUCUGGCAUCUUUACUAGCCCUGAGUUGACGAGCAGGUUUGUGUACUUUCAGCUUAGAUGCAUUUUUGGUCGACAAAUUCUUUUCGGGAGAUAUGUUCUUAGUUAUGCGCUUCUCCAGUGUAUUGCAAGUUGGAAGAAGCAUCGGCAGGCUCUCUAUGUUUUGGAUCAGGCUGUGGCCUUCGUACCACUUGAUCGUAGAGCCACCAUACACCGUCUCCCAACAAUAAGAGGAAUACCUUCACUGUACCACCGUCUAUAUGUUUCCGGUUUCAAGUUAUUACAUGUAUGCCUUUUUGAGUUUUAUCAUCACUUGACAUUGUGUUACAUGCAGUUUAAAUAGAUACCAAUAGUGAGUUCUCUGUGAACCAAGCCAUUCGACAGCUUUCGUAUCUAUGCUAUAGUUUAGAAUUCUGGUA